AAAUGGCGGACAGAGAUACAGAGGGAACAUUGCCAGUGAUCAAAGAUGCACCCGUUACAUUUAAAUUGGAUGUCUGGGCUAAUUUCGGCUUUUAUGAGCUAGACGGAAAGCUCGACAAGAUGCACACUGUGUGUAAGGUGUGUCACACAAAAUUAAAGUACUUUGGGAAUACAACUAAUAUGUCCAAACAUUUUGAACAUUUCCACCCUGCGAGGACUUCUUCAGCAAUAGCCACAAAAACAGCGAGCACAUCCCAGCCAACUAUUAAAGAAGCGCUGACAACUUUACCGUCUGCUUCGGAGAGAGGGAAGAAGAUCACCCGUUCUGUUGCAUGCUUUAUUUCUAAAGAUCUACGACCAUAUUCUGUGGCAGAGAAUGCCGGGUUUCGCUACCUUUUGAAGACGCUCGAGCCUUGGCAUAACCUACCAACAAGAAGACACUUCACAGAAACUGUUGUGCCUGCAUUGUACAACGAGACCAAAGCCCAGGUAAUGGAAUCAAUGAGUAAAGCAAGCCGCGUAGCCAUUACAUGUGAUUCAUGGAUGUCAACUGCAAAGGAGUCGUACGUAACAAUAACGGCACAUUAUAUAAGCAACGAUUGGCAGCUUGUAUCACAUGUGCUCCAGACAAGAGCUCUGUAUGAGUCACACGGUUGCUAAUCUGGCGGAGUUACUGUCUGAAGUUGUGGAUGAAUGGCAUCUAGCAGACAAAGAUGUCGUGCUGGUAACAGACAACGCGUCUAACAUGAUACGUGCAGCUGAAGUUGGGAAGUUCCCUCAAGUAAAAUGCUUUACGCAUACACUGAAUCUCGCUGCACAGCGUGCACUUAAACUGCAGACUGUUUCCAGACUUCUGGGCAGAAUCUGCCGCGUGUCAACAUUCUUUCAUCACAGCACUAUUGCAAACCACCAGUUGCAAUCCAACCAGAAACAUAUAGGCCUGCCAACCCAUAAACUGAAAACUGAUGUGGCAACAAGGUGGAAUAGCGCACAUGAUAUGAUGGAGAGGUACUUGGAACAGCAACCUGCAAUCCAUGCUGCCCUGCUGAGUCCUCAGGUCACAAAAGAUGAUGCUGAACAUUACACUCUCAACAAAACAGAACUGGAGAACGCAGCGCAUGCAGUGAAGGCAUUAAGACCAAUGAAAGAUGUCACUACAUUGAUGUCAGAGGAGAAGAAUCCAACAGUAUGUCUGAUUUCACCUCUGUAUGCGCAGCUCCUUCAGGACAUGUCAGACACCACUGGUGACUCACCAGUGAUCCGUGAGAUUAAGAAUGCCAUCAAAACAGAUCUCCUAAAGAGAUACAACUCUGAGGAAGAGAAGAAGUUGCUUUAUACAGCCUCUGCUCUGGAUCCACGUUUUAAGGGACUGCCUUUCCUCACAGCAGAUGAGAGAUUGAAGAUCUACAGAAGUGCCGUGACAGAGGCUGCAGCAUUGGAGUAUGUGCUAACUGCUGUUUUUUGCUGUCUCCUUUUUGUUCACAAGGAAACUGAAGCAGAUGAAAUGCCUGCUGGAGCCAUGAAUUCAGGAAUCCAGGAAGAAGCGAUGCUGUGUGUGGAGGACAACAUGCACAGGAAGGACAAUGUUCCCUCCUGCCAGUCUGCUGCCAAAAGGAAGGCCUCAUCAUCACUACUCGUGACUUUGCUUGGACAUACAUUCACUGACAAUGAGGCUGCAGUGCAAAACAAAACCAGCUAUUCCAGGGCUGAGGAGGAAGUGUACAACUACUGCAGAGCUCCAUCUUUGCCUCUCACAGAAGAUCCCUUGAACUGGUGGCAUGGCCAUGAGUUCACCUUUCCUCUCCUGUCCAAGCUGUCAAAGAGAUACUUGCGCAUCCCAGGGACAAGUGUGUCUGCAGAGAGGGUAUUCUCCACUGCAGGAGAUGUUGUCACUGCAAAAAGAAGCACUCUCAAACCAGAACAUGUCGAUCACCUAGUGUUCUUACACAAAAACCUUGAAAUACCAAAAUGCUGAAAAGUAAGCAGUUAUUGUACA